AUGAAUUCGGUUUUCUUAACAGAUCUUUCUAAUGAUUUGGGUUAUAUUCUCGAGAAUUGUACUGGCCAUGACGUUAUAAUACAAGCGGGUGAUGGGAAUGAUAUGAAAGAGUUUAAAGCUCAUUCAAUUAUUCUGAGUGCUAGAUGUCCCUAUUUCCGCGCUGCUAUUUCCAGUAAUUGGACUCAUAAAGAAGGUGGCUUCAUCGUUUUUAGAGAACCCUCAAUUUCUCCUCGUUUUUUUCAAAUAAUACUCAAUUACAUGUAUACUGCGUUCAUCGACCUUGAUAAUUCUACCGGUCCUGAAUUACUCCAAAUCUUAAUGGCUGCUGAAGAAUUAUGGAUGCAAAAAUUAAUAAGCUACAUACAAGAACAUUUAAUUGAAAAAAAGACUUGUUUCGUCCGCAACUUUGCCGCUCACGUCCUUGAAACUAUACUUCAUUUGGAAUCUUGCUCAACUCUUCAAAAUUAUUGCUUAGAAGUAAUAUGUGAAAAUUCCGGUGAAUUAUUUUGCACUCAAAAAUACCUUUGGUUAGAUAAAUCUGUCUUAUUCUUAAUACUCAGUUGUGAUGAUCUUGGUGUAAAGGAAAUCGAUAUUUGGAAAUAUUUAAUAUUAUGGGGUAUGUCAAAGAUAACAAACAACAAGUUGCCAGUAGACUCUUGGGGUUAUAUAAUUCCUUUAAAAAAUUUGUCGAAUUUACCUUUCGAAUCGAUUUCUAAAUUAAAAACAAUCCUGGAUCAAUUUAUUCCGUUGAUUCGAUGGAUGGAUAUUCCUUCUGAUGAUUUCUUUCAAGAUGUUUACCCUUUCGAAAAAAUUUUACCUAAAUCCAUAUUUCAAGAUAUCUUACGUCAUCACACGAUGAACAUUCCUAAUUUUAAUUACUCUCUAACCUUGAAUAGAUCAAUGCAAAACUUACCACUCCUGGAUUCUGUUAUCAUAGAUCAAAAUCAUGUUAACAUAAUUUCAAGUUGGGUGGAUAAAAAAGAUUUUAACUAUUAUCAAAAUAAACGUCCCCCUUACAAGUUAUCUUUAUUAUUAAGAGCAAGCAGAGAUGGUUUUGGUGCAAAUACUUUUCAUAAAUUAUGCGAUAAGAAAGGUCCUACAAUAGUAAUUUCAAAGGUAUUUCAAACUGGUCAAAUUAUAGGCGCGUAUACUCCAAUUAAUUUCGAAAGAGGGUUUCCAAUAAAAUCCAAUGAUAGUUGGUUAUGCACCACCGAUAGUUUUAUAUUUUCUUUCAAGAAUAAGCAACUUUUUAAUGUUAACAUAGCGAGAGUAGCUGAUAAGCAUAAAGCAAUUUAUUAUAAUUCUGAUUAUGGUCCGGGAUGGGGUGGUGGAAUUGAUCUGAUAUUUGUUAACAAUCAAGCUAGAAGUAAUGGAUUUAAAACCUAUCCGGGUAUUAGAAGUUUUAUCAAUGCAAUUAAUAAGAUCGAUGAUUAUGAAGUGUUUCAAAUUACAAAAGUAUAA